CUCAGGGUAUAAUGGGGUUAUUGUGUAACAACGUGGUUAUUUUACCAUUAAAAUGGUUAUUUCUUGUGUCGCGUAUGGUUGUACGCAAACAUUUAAAAAAGGAAGUAAUAUUUCAUUUCACAGGUGAGUUAAGACAAGUUACAUUUGUAAGACCAUUAAGUAUUUAAUAGGUACGUCAGCACUCGGCAUUGUGUAGAUUUAUAUUACUAUAGGGUUUAAGAAAUCGAAUGUGAAUUAUUGCCAUACAGUAUUACUACUAUGUAAUCGUAAUAACGUUAUAUAGUUUCACUCGCUGAUAGUUACAUUAAACACGACCAUGUCUAUUACUAGCUAGUAAUCCCAAGGAUGCAUUGUUUAUUGUUUACAAAUUUAAUCGGGUCUAGUCUGUUUUACGAUAUCAGGUUCCUAAUUGGUUAAAAAACUAUUGUAGGAGAAAUGAAUGACGUCAUAGACGUUUAUAGUAAUGAGUGUAGUAGUCAUGAGAGAAGACGAAGGUCGUGUUUAUUUGUAUUGAAAUAAUACAAUGGCACAGUGUAGUUGUGAUUGUUGUAAACGGGUAAGAGACGGUUCGUGUUUAAUAAAUUAAAAACAGGAAUGAAUAAAUAAAAUUUUGCGUGAAUUUAAUAUAUACAAGAGAUAUUGACACAAUGAUUAUUGUCAUAUAGUCAUGAAAGCUUUCCUGUAGAUGAAAAAAGACGGAGCCAAUGGAUCUUGUCUUUAAAGAGAGAAAAAUUUACUCCUAGUCGACAUUCCAGACUGUGCUCAAAGUAUUUUCUUCCAGAAUGCUUCGACAAUGAAGCAUUUGGCUUGGGAAGAAAACUGAAGCCAGAUUCCAUACCGUCAGUUUAUAAUUUCUCUGCACAUUUACUCUUGGACAAAAUGAAGAGGAAACCUCCAGUUGAAAGAACCAAACAUGAAGCUUCAAAAGUUAUAAGGGCUGAGCAGUGUUUGCCAGUGGCUCACCGUUUCCUCCGGUGAUGUACAACGGGAAGACCUACCCAGGGCAAGGUAACAACUCGUACAUCUUCCCUGGGGUGGCCCUGGGGGUGAUCUGUGCAGGAGUGACACACAUCAGUGAUGAGGUGUUCCUGAUCGCUGCCCAGGCACUGGCGAACUUGGUGACGCCCGCUGACCUCGAUCUGGGCGGCUUGUACCUUCCGCUCAGCAAGAUCAAGGAGUGCUCCAUUGAGAUCGCUACCAAGAUAGCAGAAUGCGCAUACGACCAAGGUGUGUUCUCGUUCUACCCGGAGCCUACAAACAAAGGGAAGUUUGUGAGGAGCUGCCUGUACAACUACACUUACGAAAAGUCUGUACUGCCAACCACGUUCUCCUGGCCCAGAAAUAAAUUAAUCAAGACAACUAUCAAGAGACCAGAAUGCAGAAAGCCUGCCGACUGGAGCCAUGAAGAGAGCUGACCUGCAGCCGACUAGAUGAAUGAUGCAGAUUGUUGGUAGUAUCAUGAUGAAGACAGCCAGUCAGAAGCGACUGGAUGAUUUUAUUAGGGUAGCCAGCGGACUGAACGGAUGGAAGAAUGUAGACAGCCGGAUGGAUGGAUGGAUGGAUGCUCAGACUGCAGCAGCCUGUGAUUGUAAUAAUUGUCUAUGGGUACUUAAAUUCUAUCACAAAUCAACACAGCACAAAAUGUCAUGGAUGUCUGCAGAUAAGGGAACAUAUCCAUGUUAAAAACAGACCAGUGUGUGAUGCAUGCUGUAUGUUACAGAAGUUUUUAGCCACUUCCCUGGUGCAUCAACUAGCCUGCCCAGCCCAUCUACUCAGUGGUAUGGAAAUGCAGGCUAGAAGGAUACAUCCAUCACAUAUCUCCUGGAGUUAAAGCGAAGCCUAUUUUAUCAAGUGGCACAUUCUGAUGUUACAUAACAGCUGUAAGUGUGCAUACAAGUGAUAAUUACUUGAAUAACAUUUUACUGCUGUUAUAUGACAUAAUAAGUACAUCUUCAGAAAAUUUUGUGAGCAAACAAUUGUGAGGAAGAUAUUGUAAAUUGUUAAGAUAAACACAUGUCAUGCAAGAUGUAAACUGUUACUUACUGCAAAUAACGACAAAUGAUUUUGUAUUUUGCUGGUGCAAAUAAAAUGUUAUAUAUUGAA